CAAGCGGAUUGCUUCAUCUUAUCUUUGCAGCGACCCUCCCAUUACAGUCCUAUAAAUUUCGACAUCACAAUCAGAGGACACGGUUCACUAAAGCACAAGACUGACGGCAGAUACACCAGCGAGGAGCACGAAACCAAAGAGAUCACGACUACAAGAAAAGAAAUGUACAAUCAAGGACCAGCAAUCGGAAGAAUUAACUACUCAUUCAGUGACCCAGAAGAGCAGAAUCCAUCAGCUAAGCCCAGGAUGGCUCAGCCUUUGCCAGGGUCCUAUCCCAACUCUUCCAGCUUUCCCCUCCAGCAGUAUGGAGCUCCAGUUAGCCCUCAGGGACCAUAUACCCAACAGCAGCCAUAUCCACCGAAUGCAGGUCACACUGGGGUCACCGUUCAGCCAACUGUGAUCAUGACCUCCAGACCAGCGUCCAAUCAUAUGUCGGAGUUCUUGUGCUACUCCAUCUUUAACUUGCUCUUCUGCUGUUUCCCUCUGGGAUUCGCUGCUGUUAUCUACUCUGCCGCUACACGAGAUGCUAACCUGGCAGGACGGCAAGAUUUAGCGAUCAGGUCCUCCAGAACGGCGUUGACCCUGAACAAUGUUGCCCUCGGUUUCGGCCUUGCACUGUACACAAUAGCCACCGUCCUCUUACUGUGGGUGUACGGAGUAAUUAAAUGAACAGAUGCUGUAUUGUGCUUUUCAAAUGCUGCUACUUGUGAUUUUGCAGACCCUUUUUCAAGACAAUUUGAGGAAAUAAUCUAAUGUAUGUUUGCUUUAUUUCUUCUUUAUUUAAUUCUGUUGGAUUGAGAACGGUAUGUAAAUUAUAUGUAACUAAAUUACACAUCAAAAUAAAGCCUUUAAAUGAAGAAAAAGGACUCUUUGAGUGUUCUGGGUUUUUUUAUAGUUCUGUUUCUUAAUGAAACACAUUAAGGGCCCUAUAAUACACCCGGCGCAAUGCGACGCAAGGCGCAGCGCAAGUGUGUUUGCUAGUUUGCGUCCGGCGCCGUUCGCGUUUUCAGGCUUAGCUGACGUCACGACUUAACAAGCGGAUUGCUUCAUCUUAUCUUUGCAGCGACCCUCCCAUUACAGUCCUAUAAAUUUCGACAUCACAAUCAGAGGACACGGUUCACUAAAGCACAAGACUGACGGCAGAUACACCAGCGAGGAGCACGAAACCAAAGAGAUCACGACUACAAGAAAAGAAAUGUACAAUCAAGGACCAGCAAUCGGAAGAAUUAACUACUCAUUCAGUGACCCAGAAGAGCAGAAUCCAUCAGCUAAGCCCAGGAUGGCUCAGCCUUUGCCAGGGUCCUAUCCCAACUCUUCCAGCUUUCCCCUCCAGCAGUAUGGAGCUCCAGUUAGCCCUCAGGGACCAUAUACCCAACAGCAGCCAUAUCCACCGAAUGCAGGUCACACUGGGGUCACCGUUCAGCCAACUGUGAUCAUGACCUCCAGACCAGCGUCCAAUCAUAUGUCGGAGUUCUUGUGCUACUCCAUCUUUAACUUGCUCUUCUGCUGUUUCCCUCUGGGAUUCGCUGCUGUUAUCUACUCUGCCGCUACACGAGAUGCUAACCUGGCAGGACGGCAAGAUUUAGCGAUCAGGUCCUCCAGAACGGCGUUGACCCUGAACAAUGUUGCCCUCGGUUUCGGCCUUGCACUGUACACAAUAGCCACCGUCCUCUUACUGUGGGUGUACGGAGUAAUUAAAUGAACAGAUGCUGUAUUGUGCUUUUCAAAUGCUGCUACUUGUGAUUUUGCAGACCCUUUUUCAAGACAAUUUGAGGAAAUAAUCUAAUGUAUGUUUGCUUUAUUUCUUCUUUAUUUAAUUCUGUUGGAUUGAGAACGGUAUGUAAAUUAUAUGUAACUAAAUUACACAUCAAAAUAAAGCCUUUAAA